AGAGGAGGGGGGGGGGGAGAGGAUAGUAUAGAGGUCGAGGAAGGGAACCCACAAGGCUGUGGUGGUGGUAGAAGGCGAUGGAGAUAUGGCGAUGGACAUGGCGAGGAUAGAUGAAUCAACCGCCGUCGAGGUCAACUCGCUUUCGCUUGUGCAUUGCGUGUUGGAUGGGUUGCCCGAUUCGCCUUGCUUGAAAUCCAGCCCGACGUCAUUCGAGGAGGCUGUGGCGGAAGGGAGGUCGGUGUUCGGGGACGAGGAGGACAUCAUCAACAACAGCAACGACCAGGACAACUCGUCCUCGUGCGGUGCAGUGGUCACCACCCACGAAGAUUUCGCCGAGUGCUUGAAUUUUGUGACGGAGGCGGAGUGUGGAGAUGUGGGUGUGCGGUGUUUCGAGGAUUUUGACAAGCUGCCGGACUGCGGCGACGAGGGGGAGACUAGCAAAGCGGAGGAGGAGGGGUGUGUACGAAUAGGCGGAGGAGGGGAGCAGGGCGAGCUGUUAGAGUCUGUGAGCCUUGACUGUAGUAGGAAUUCGGAGAAUUUAGAGCUUCGGGAUCUCGGGGAAUUGUGGGAAGGGUCGGAACGGCCUGACUCAGUGCCAGGGAACGAGGUGGGUGAGGAGGAGGCGUUGCUGUUGGCGGAGGCGGCCAAGGCGACGGGCGAUGUCGUGUCGGCCUCGGAUAGUGGAGAAUGUAGCAGUGUCGAUAGGAAGGACAAUCAAGCCAGUCCGAAAUCCAGUAAAAAUGCAGCGCCGGGGAAGAAGAAGGCCAAGGUGGACUGGACGCCUGAGCUUCACCGGCGCUUCGUCCAUGCAGUGGAGCAGCUGGGUGUGGAGAAAGCCUAUCCAUCGCGUAUCCUAGAACUGAUGGGCGUGCAAUGCUUGACUCGGCACAACAUCGCCAGUCACUUGCAGAAGUACCGGUCCCACCGUCGCCACCUCGCAGCUCGAGAAGCAGAGGCCGCGUCCUGGACGCAUCGUCGCACAUACACUCAGGCUCCCUGGCCUCGUAGCUCACGGCGCGAUGGCCUCCCUUAUCUUGUACCUAUACACACCCCUCACAUACAACCUCGGCCUUCCAUGGCCAUGGCAAUGCAACCGCAGCUUCAGACGCCGCAUCAUCCGAUAUCCACUCCUCUCAAGGUCUGGGGCUACCCCACAGUAGAUCAUUCAAAUGUACAUAUGUGGCAGCAACCUGCUGUGGCGACCCCAUCUUACUGGCAAGCUGCCGAUGGCUCAUACUGGCAACAUCCCGCGACCGGUUACGACGCUUUCUCAGCUCGUGCCUGCUACUCGCAUCCCAUGCAGCGAGUUCCUGUAACGACCACGCAUGCGGGUUUACCAAUUGUGGCGCCAGGAUUUCCUGACGAGAGCUGCUACUACGGCGACGACAUGCUUGCAGGCUCCAUGUAUCUAUGUAACCAAUCAUAUGAUAGUGAAAUAGGACGAGCUGCGGGUGUUGCUGCGUGCAGCAAGCCGAUAGAGACGCAUUUGUCCAAAGAGGUGUUGGAUGCGGCCAUUGGCGAAGCUCUCGCCAAUCCCUGGACUCCCCCACCUCUGGGUCUGAAGCCACCAUCCAUGGAGGGCGUCAUUGCAGAGCUUCAGCGGCAGGGGAUCAACACUGUGCCUCCUUCAACUUGUUAGCUCUCGACGAUGUUUUUUUCUUCCUCUUCCUCUUCCUCUUCUUCUAGAGAGCAAUUUUUCUUUCUACGACUCAUAUUCCAAUGACCGCUGACCGCUGGUGUCGCUGGUGUCGCUGGUGUUCAUCCCGAGGAACUAAUUUGGUGAAAAUUCGGUUAAGUUGCGAUAGAGGUCUGAUCUCCGGAAGGUUUAUUUUUUGUCUUCUGGAGAGGUUGUAUAAGAGGUUCCCCUGUUUUGCAAUAAGGCUUCCUUGAUGAGAUUUUCCUUUAUUUUUCCCCUGAUUCUUUCUCCUUCCAUUUUAGUUUCACAAGAAGGCAUCUUCUGGCCAUGGCGGUCACGAUGUGUCACUUUGAUGCUGCAUGUGGACCUUUUUUCUUAUAUCUGUAGUAGCACUCCUCCAUUUCAUGAGGAAUAAAAAUCAAACAUCACACAUCA